CUCAACUCCCAGCAAAAACAAAAAACAGAGCCUAAGUCAGAAGAAAGACUCUUAAUUCGAACAAAUCUUUAAUCUUUUUUUGUAACUAAAUACUUACAAGAAAAAAUAAACACGUUUUCAACAGUAAUUUAAGUUAACCGGAGUCUCUUUUUGUUUUCCGGCGAAUUUUUGGUACUUUGAGUUAUGAAUAAUGAUGAUAUUAUUCUGGCGGAGAUGAGGCCUAAGAAGCGUGCGGGAAGGAGAGUGUUUAAGGAGACACGUCACCCAGUUUACAGAGGCAUAAGGCGGAGGAACGGUGACAAAUGGGUCUGCGAAGUCAGAGAACCGACGCACCAACGCCGCAUUUGGCUCGGGACUUAUCCCACAGCAGAUAUGGCAGCGCGUGCACACGACGUGGCGGUUUUAGCUCUGCGUGGGAGAUCCGCAUGUUUGAAUUUCGCCGACUCCGCUUGGCGGCUUCCGGUGCCGGAAUCCAAUGAUCCGGAUGUGAUAAGAAGAGUUGCGGCGGAAGCUGCGGAGAUGUUUAGGCCGGUGGAUUUAGAAAGUGGAAUUACGGUUUUGCCUUGUGCGGGAGAUGAUGUGGAUUUGGGUUUUGGUUCGGGUUCCGGCUCUGGUUCGGGAUCGGAGGAGAGGAAUUCUUCUUCGUAUGGAUUUGGAGACUACGAAGAAGUCUCAACGACGAUGAUGAGACUCGCGGAGGGGCCACUAAUGUCGCCGCCGCGAUCGUAUAUGGAAGACAUGACUCCUACUAAUGUUUACACGGAAGAAGAGAUGUGUUAUGAAGAUAUGUCAUUGUGGAGUUACAGAUAUUAAGUGGGACUCACAUAUCUACUAUACAUAAUAUUUAGCUUUUAUGUAAGAGGUAUUUAUGUGAGUUUUAAGAUUGUAGAUGUGUCCCAGGCGUUAGAAGUUUCCUUGAUGGUAUGGAAUCUUUGUACCUAUAAAAUUAUAAAAUUAUUGGGCUUUAUGAAUCUUAAUAUACAAAGCCUAGGCCCAAUUUGUAACUACAACGUGACAGUUGUAGAAAUAAUUUUUUCACAGUGUAAUCUACUUGUAAGUUGUAAUAGAAUUAAAGGGGAUUUAAUCAAAUCUUGCUGGAUACUAGCACAUAAAUCUUGACAGCAAUUGACCAAAA